UUCUUCUCCAUCGCCAUGGAAUUUAUACAAAACAUAACAAAAGGUCUGCUAGAAUUUCUGUCUUCAUACAUUGAUUUGGAUUAUUCACUGUGGCUGUAUCGUCUAUUGACCCCACUUAUUGUAACAUUCCUAUUGCCGCUGGUAUUUGUGGCCUUAAUUUAUAUAUCCUUCCUAAUAUUGUUUAUCUACAAAUUACACAGAGAAGUUAUAUUACGUUCCGUACGAUCAGAUCGUAAAUUCUGGGAAGUUGGCCGAAAACUGGUGGCCGCCGUCUGGGAUGCUCAUGCACGCAUCUAUCAUGGCUACGAGGUAAUUGGUAUGGAACACAUUCCAAAAGAUGGCCCAGCCUUAAUUGUGUACUACCAUGGUGCCAUACCGAUUGAUAUGUACUACUUGAAUUCACGAAUGAUGUUGCAAGAGAAUCGUCUAAUCUACACUAUUGGUGAUCGUUUCCUAUUCAAAUUACCCGGUUGGGGUACCAUCUCUGAAGCAUUCCAUAUAAGUCCCGGCACAGUGCAGUCGUGUGUGAAUAUUUUACGUGACGGCAAUCUGCUAGCCAUAUCACCGGGUGGUGUCUACGAAGCACAGUUUGGUGAUAACUACUAUGAGCUGUUGUGGCGAAAUCGUGUGGGAUUUGCCAAAGUGGCCUUAGAGGCUCAGGUGCCAAUAAUACCAUGUUUUACACAAAAUUUACGUGAAGGAUUUCGACAAGUCGGUAUCUUUCGGACAUUCUUUAUGAAACUAUAUAAUACCAUUAGGAUACCGGUGUAUCCGAUAUAUGGUGGUUUUCCCGUCAAGUUUCGUACAUAUUUGGGUAAACCCAUUGAACAUGAUGGCAACUUGACGCCGGAACAGUUGCAAGUUAAGGUCGCUCACGCUUUAGAAGAUUUAAUCAACAAACAUCAACGUCUACCCGGCAGCAUAUUUCAUGCAUUGCUCGAUCGUUUUCCGCCAUUUAGAAGCAAAAAGGAUUAA